GUGACUGCCGGUCACACAUUGGUCUUGGAGUCGCGCAGCCCCACUGCAUGUUGGCUUGCAUCCCGCGUUCUCACUCCGUUCGUUUGGUUUUGCAUCUCAAUCCCGUCCAUUUGUGAUAGAAUUGACUGUCGUUCCCAACGCAUCGUACGAUACUUUGAGAACGUUUGCAGCAACAGAGAGUCGGGAUCCCUCCCUACUGCUUCAUCACUGGAUGGAGAGUGACCCACAUUUGGCCUCGUCAUAUACACUGCGUUCUAUUACUUCUCUUGGUGUUCGGGGUGGAUACAGGAGGGAUAUCGAGGGCGCUCCAUCUCAUUCCGAGAACUUUGUAUUGCUGGGCCCGCUUUCGAGAAAGAUUUCUUCGCGUCGACGGACAUAUGGGAGCACUGCGUCACCAGUUGGUGAUGGUGAUGGCUCGUUCGGAAUAGAUGGGAGGGGGAGCUGGCUGUCAGGGAGGCCAUUAUUACGGGCCGGAAUCGGUGUGUCUGGGAUAUUUUUAAUAUGCGUGGUAUUUCUUUGGGGCACGCUUUGGCUCGCUCUGCCUAGAUUAGAAGGGGAUGACAGGGAAAAACUUGGUAUUCCAACAUCGUUUGAGCAAUUGCAAGUCCUCAAUGGAUUGCUAAAAAAAUAUAAGACCAUUUACCCACUUAGGACAUUAUUAUGUUUCAUUGUUGUAUAUCUUUUUCUCCAAGCAUUUUCAUUACCAGGCUCCAUGUAUCUUUCUAUUCUGGCGGGUGCUGUGUGGGGCAUGCAUCGCGCGCUUCCAUUAUGCUGCGCUUGUAUUGCUACAGGUGCUACGCUGUGCUACUCGAUAUCUGCUGCAUUUGGGCCAGCUCUUCUUGCUACGCCUAAAUGGAAGAAUAAGAUUGAUCGAUGGGCCUUGAAAGUUGAGACUCAAAGAGCCAAUUUAACAUCAUUCUUAAUCAUAUUGAGGAUCGCACCCUUCCCGCCUCACUGGGUUGUGAAUGUCAUUUGCCCUCAUUUGGGCAUCGGUAUGAUGCAGUUCUGGGUCUCAACAUUCUUUGGGAUGAUCGGCGUCACUGUGAUUCAUACCACUAUUGGGGGAAGUCUUGACCAGAUGACAUCUGCCAAAGAUUUCAGGCUGGUGUCUUGGAGGAACGUUUUGGGUUUGUCUGCCAUUGUUGUAGCUGUCUUGAUCCCAGUCGGGCUGAGGUAUUAUUGGCGCGACGAGCUCGACUCCGUCGUCCAGGCGGAGCGUGAGGCCGAGGGGCAGGAGAUUGUUUUGGAGGGUAUUAUUGUCGAAUCUGGCCCCACCUCCCCCCAUAAGGGAAGGAAGAAGAGCAGGGGUCCAUUGGUUCUUCUGGAUGAUUCCGAUUCAGAUUCAGGUAUGGGAGACGGGCAGGAUCUUGUUCUCCCGUACGAAGAAGAUGAGAUGCCGUACCGCAGAUAAUAGUCUAUACACGUCAUUUUACUAGCGUUGUUAUUAUACUCCUUCGCUGUAGCGUACACAGUCCAAGCUAUGUAUCAUAAUCACAAGAAACCUGCUUUCUUUUAUUU